AUGUUUUCCAAGAAAAUAGAUCUAAAGCCUUCAGCUUCAGCGUCGAGACAAGCCUUGCCUUUCCGUCUCUUCCUAGCGCUCGUCGUAUCCCAGAAUACCUUCCGAGCGGCUGCGCAAACCGUCGACAACGACGAGCGGAGCGGGUCGCAUCUCAGCACGCGGGCAGCGUCUGGCAUUCUUCUAGCCAUCCUCGGGCUGUGCUUCAUCCUCGCGCUCGGCAUGUGCUUCGCCAUCCGCCGAAAGCGGCGGCAGCGCCUGGCAUCGCCCGCCCCGCCCGUAUACGUCUCCCCGGGAUGGGGAGGGCCACCGCGCCCGCGGGUGGUGCUAUCAUCGCAGCUCUCCGCGCGCCACGGCGGCGCCGAGGACGAUGUAGGUUCGCGAUACUGGUACCAGGGGUUUAGGCCGCCUUCGAUGCUUUUCACCGUUGAUAGCGCGGCAUAUUUAAGGGUUCCUCGUACUCGUCCCGGAUCCGAAGACUCCGCCUCCUCCACCACCGGCGUACACGAAGUCCUCGCGCUCUGUGUCGAGGCGCAGCGUCCUGUGACGGGACGCAGUCGGGGCAGGAGGAUCGCGGGUGGAGUCAUCGCAGGAAUUGUCGUCGCCAUCGUAGUGGGACUGCUCCUCUGCUGUCUCCUUGUGUGCUUGUGCGUACGGAGGCGGCGAAAAAGCCGCGCUGGGUCCACCGGUGCACCCAUAGCGGGCGGUCCCAUGGGAGGCGGCGGAUUCUUUGGUAGGAAAGGCAGAAACGCGGGCGUGCAGCAACAACCCAUGUACCAAGCCGGCCAUGCCAUCGGGGGUCUUGUGAGUGAACCUUCUUCGUCUUCCGGUAGUAUUGGGUAUCGAACUACGUCGCAGCACACCAAUAACAAUCAGAGCUACGGAGCGAUGACCUAUUGGCCAACCACCGCAAGCCCACAUGGCGGUAAGCUUGAUCUCCGCCUAGCAUCACAGCGGCGAAGCUGA